ACAUCUAACUAAACACAAUUCGCUACGUACAAAUUACGCGUUUUUCUCUUUUCAAUAUAUAUUUCUUUACUAAUUUAUUUAUCACUAUGGACUUGGCGAGUGACAUUCAAACCGAUGAUUGGCAAUCAACAAGGGAAACCGUGCGGGAGCGGAACAAGUACAUGUUCUUAAAUCCUACGAUCAGCGAUGUGAGCUUUGUUGUUGAAGAUUCCACCAAAGAUCACGGCACAAAAAUUGCUCUACCAGCACACAAGUAUGUGCUUGCGAUCAGUAGCCCUGUUUUCUUUGCUAUGUUUCAUGGUGGCAUAGCAGAACAAGGAAACAGAAUCGAACUUCCUGAUUGUAACUCUGAGUGCUUGACCGAGUUUCUUCGAUUCAUCUAUUACGACGAACUGCAUCUCACGGCAAAUUCUGUGCUCGGUGUUAUGUAUUUAGCAAAGAAAUAUUUAGUGUUGUCGCUGAUGCGGCAAUGUGGCCGUUUUCUCGAAGAAAGGAUCGAUCCGAACAAUGUUUUCGAGACGUUGACCCAGGCACGACAGUUUAGAGAGGAAGAAUUAGAGAAGAGAUGUUGGUUUAUUGUUGAUCUCAACACCAAACAGUGUCUGGAAUCACCUAGUUUUCUGGAACUUGAUGAAGCAGUGAUUAAGUCUUUACUACGCAGGGAAACUUUAAAGAUCGAGGAGUCAGAGUUAUUUGAUUAUACCUUGCGCUGGGCGAAGAAGCAGUGUGAGCUGAAUGGGUUGAACACUUCUGGGGCAAAUAUAAGGAAAGCACUUGGCGAAACUCUGUACUUUCUUCGUUUUCCAGUCAUGUCGCAAAAGAAAUUUGCAGAAGAAGUCGUUCCUCAAGAUGUUUUAAGCGACCGAGAGGCUCUCAAUAUAUUUCUACAUUUCAGCGCCACAAACACCAAACCAGACGUAGUUUUCCCUUGCGUUCCACGCAGCGGAAGGCCGAUGCGACGAUGUGCCCGAUAUUCAGAAGCACCUUCACCACACCACUGGUACAGACCUCCAAGUAAUGGUACAGGACGACGUGAAGAGACAGUUUCAUUCACUGUCAAUUCAGAAUCCCCAAUUUACAUUGCCGGUGGGCGUGUCUUCACCCGCACUUUUGGUUUGUCAGAUGUGGAAAGUCGCAGAGAUAAAGUGCAAUUGUGGAUAAGGGAAGAAAAUUCUCAGCAAAAGGCUCUUGGAUUUACUGAGGGAGAGUUUCUGGCAGAUAACAAUGGAGUUUACAAUGGUGAUGGCAUUGACGUCAAAUUCAAAACUGCUGUACUUGUCAAGAGUGGGGUGAGGUACUCCUUAGAGUGUGUGAUCUUUUUCAGUCAGAGUGUGACGUCCAACAAGCACUCCCCUCACAAGGAAGUAGUAGUUGAACAGACUAGGUUUAAAUUUGAAAAUUCGUAUCAUGGAUCACACCUCACUGAGGUCUUGUUCUACACCCCUUGGAUUACACAAUAGCUGAAAAUAUUUUUCUUUAUGAGCUAAGACCCCUUUAUUUUGAGAUGUAAGCAAUAAAUUGACCCUGAGCUCAGCACUCAUUUGAUUUGAAAUAACAGGGGUCGUUUCAGACCAAAUACAGCCAUUUUGAAAUUAGGCAGUUAUUUCAUUGAUCCAGCACUGAGCUGCUUUGUAAAAAAGUGGAAGCAGAAAUAAGGAAAGGGAAGUUUUAAAGAAAAAGUUGUAAAAAUCACCACUCAAUUCCUUCUUUGUCUUUCAUUUUCCUUUAAUUUGAUUGAUUUCAAGAAGUGGAACCUGUUAAUAACAGAAAUAAAGGUAAAGAAAAUAAAUAAAGAAUUUUUCUAAAUAGAGCCAGGCAUAAUUUUAGAGAGCCUUCAGAGAAAAGUUCUAUAACUUACAUUUCCACCUUAGAUUUAGAAAAACUCUGAAUACUGUUAUAUUAUAAAGGAAAAGGGGUAGAAGGUGUAUGUCAUAAAUGUAUUUUGUUUCAUUUUAUCAGUUAAGUCUUUUUUAUUCAAAGCCUACAUCUUGACCUUUUUUAGAGGCUAAGGCAGUGCGCAUAGCAGAUCGAUACAGUCCAACCUCUAUUAUCUGCACCUCAAUUAUCUGAACUCUCUUCUCUGGUCCAAUUUUUUAAUAUCAAUUAUAAAAAAUAACCACAUGUGAGAUCUGUUGCAAAUUUUUUUCCAUGAAAUGUACCAGCUGUACUAAAACAUUGUUGACACUAAUCCAUUAAUGCAGCUUUACAGGCUGUGGCUGCUUGAAACAAACUGAUUUAGGUCAACUUUUUAGGUUGUAACAUUUUGUCAUGGUAAAAUGUUUUAAAUAUUAUUUAAGACAAUUUUUGUGAAGGUGCACAAUGAUUGGAGGAUGUUUUUCAAUUCUUGUAAAAAAUUGAUUGAUUGAUGCCUAUUUAGUAUUGUAUUUUUGGCUCAUCAACAUUUAUAUUUUUAAUUGUCUGGACUGUUUAUUAUCUGGAGCAUUCAGCCCAGUCUCCACUAGUCAAGAUAAUCAAGGUUCAAUUGUAGUAUGUUCUUUUCCAGCAUACUAUCUCAGUUUGUAUUAUAUACUGUCUUAAAAGCUGUUCUGUCCCAUGAUAAUCUGAGAUGAUCUUUAAUCAGUCCUAGCAAGCUGUGCUAUAGCCUUUCUGAUUUGAGUAAAAAUAAAUUACAUAUUUUUGAGCCACAAGAUUAGUAAUCAUGCACCUGUUGACAGAUGCUUUAUUUUUCUCAAAUGAAUAUUGAAAUGUAUGGAAGAGAUGUGAAUAUUUUAACUUAAUAUAUCUAAUUGAUGGCUAGA